UGUUCUAUUUCUCUCACGCACACACACUCUCUCGUCGCGUCGUAGGAACGCGUUAUUCGCUGUAAGACCGUCCGUCUUCCGCGCUCCGGUCCAAACGAUAAUAACAGGCAGCCGUCGUCACUCGACGUCGCAGUGUGCAUCUUGUAUCCUGAUCGGAUAAUCUCAUUAUCUCAAAGUGAGGAGAGAUCCUGCUCCCCCUCGAGCCCGUAGAUUCCGACGGAUUCGCCGGAAUAGUCUCGCGCCCGUAGCGGCGGGCCGGUCUCUUUCCCCGUCGCCUCCCCCCACUUCCCCCCGUCGACCCGGCGAAGCUAGACUCGUCGUACGACGACGACAAACACGGCGUGGACACACCGAGGAACACGAGAAUCAUGUCAUCAGGAGCAGGAUCUAGUGGAACUGGACGAGGACGCGGUUCUUCCUUGGCAGACAAUAAACCAGAAAGCAAAGAAGCCAAGCCAAAUCCAAAGAUGUCGAAAGCUUUAGGGACUUCUGCUAAAAGGAUACAAAAGGAAUUGGCAGAAAUUACACUAGAUCCACCUCCCAAUUGCAGUGCAGGACCGAAAGGUGAUAACUUGUAUGAGUGGGUCUCUACUAUAUUAGGUCCACCGGGUUCAGUUUACGAGGGUGGUGUGUUUUUUCUUGAUAUACAUUUUUCACCAGAAUAUCCCUUUAAACCUCCUAAGGUUACAUUCCGAACACGUAUCUACCAUUGCAAUAUAAAUAGUCAAGGAGUUAUUUGCUUGGAUAUAUUGAAGGAUAAUUGGUCUCCCGCACUGACGAUCUCGAAAGUUUUAUUGUCAAUAUGUUCCCUCUUAACAGACUGCAACCCAGCUGAUCCAUUGGUGGGCAGUAUAGCCACGCAAUAUCUACAAAAUAGAGAAGAACACGACCGCAUAGCACGGCUUUGGACCAAGCGUUAUGCCACAUGAGCAUAUUCUUAUCUUCGUAUUAAAACUCCUAUUAGUCUCAUGCCAAGUUACGAUCCACUGCUGCUCUCAUACGAUUUGUCUCAUAUACAUAGCCUGUAUACAUCUCUAUCUAUGAUCACCAUUGAUCGGCUAAAAAGAAACACAAAUGAGCACACAAAGACUGUUUGAGAUCAGCUCAAACAAUAGAUUGUGAUGUGCUUUUAUGUUGAGUAUGUAACUGUGCCUAAGACGAAUGAAUGUGCGUGUAACUGUGUUCAAAACAGUGCGUUAGGGCAUGACGAGACCAGGAGUUUUUUUCACUUAAAAGUUACGAUGAGAUAGUAUUUAAAUGGAUCGUAUUGUGUAUCAACAAUACUACCCAAAUGCUGCUAAUGUUUCUAGAAUAGGUGGUAACAUGAACAAUAUUGAUAAUCUAAAUUGUAAGUAACUGAUAGUAUAUAUAUAUAGGCGUUAAGAUAAUGAACAUAGAGGCCCGUUUUUCCAUAAUUGAACUCCCAUAUUUUUGUAUUGAAUUGUCUUAAAUUUAAAUUAUUAUGUUCAUACACGUAUCUUGUGCCCGAGCUGUAGACUAGCAAUAUGUAACUAUAAUUUAACUGAUACAAAACCUACCGCAUAUACGCUUUUGUGUUCAUAAUACGAUUGUGAAAAUUUCACUGCGUGGAUACUCGAUACUUGCGUCAACGGACGCAAUGUGACUGUCUGGGCCCAUCCGGGAAAAAUAUAUUGUAAUUGUAAAUAAAUAUUAUUUCCUGUACAUUCAGGCUGGUGAAACAUUCGAGAAACUUGUAACUUUAACCUGAAUUUAUAUUCUGUCUACAUAUAUAUAGUAUAUACAUGUGUGUGUGUGUGUAUGUAUAAAUUGAAACGUCAUUAGCGAUUGCACCAAUAGAGCCCCAAAUCACUGAUUCUGAUUAGUGAAUUUCUCGUAUCUCUUUUUACAUCGUAUAUACAUAUUUAGUUUUAAUUCAUGAUGUAGAUAGCAAAAAAAUAAAUCAUCAAUGGCUGACGCGCUGAGGGCGAUGUUGGUGCAAUCUACGCGUUUUCAGACCUUCUGCAUUAUUUAAUUGUAAACCUUAGAGAGAGAAUACUUACAUAUCAAUUUUGUUGCAUAUUCGAGACUCAAGAGUCCCAGCGUACUGAAUAUCUUCAUUGUCUCUCAUAAAACGGACGUGUGUCGUACGUCUUGUAUGAUUCUUCUGUGGUUCUUUUAUAUCGCGUGACAGUUACGAGCAAGGUGAGCGAAAUCACUUUGUACAUAUCUGUUUUAAAACGUAGGUCGCUUAGAAAUAUCGGCUAAGUGUAAUUAUAGUUUAUGUGAAAAUAGCGAAGCGCUAUGAUGAGAACUUCGCUUGACGACCAUCGAUAUUGUACAGUUUAUUGUGUAAAGAGUAAGGCGAUGCUUUACAUCUUUUCUUUCAUCCUAAAUUCGUGAGAUGUAAAUAUCGCGUGAGAAUGCGCGGCUCGCGUAAGUUCCUAUAACGGAAAAUUAAAUAUUCCUGGAUUCUUUUUUUUGUUCAAUUUAGUCGGCGAAAUUUGGUUCUUCGUAUUCCAUGAGUCGGUAUGCAGUUUCAACUUUGCGAAUCAGAGUUAUAUAUUAAAUCUCUUGUCUCAAGAUUGUAAAUAGAUUAUUAUACAUAAUUGCAUAUACACGAUGCCCAUGCGCAUCCAAAAAUUACCAGAACAUUAAGGAAACAUAAUGGAUCUCGUUAUUUCUAAAUGUCGUGUAUACAUUAGAUAAACAUAGUCACGCCGAAAACGAGAGUACGCUCUGUUGAGCUCGAUCGUUAGAUCACGAGGCACUGCGCUCUCUUGUAAAAAAA